AUGAAAAGAAAGAGAAACAUUGUUCUAAAUGAGGAAGAGGAGUUCACGUUUAUUAAUAACAGUGAUUACGAGAGUGACAUAGGGACAAACAACCUGGGAUAUUUACAAAAUCAAGAGGAUACGGAUGCCGCAAAGAACUCGGGGGACUAUGAUUUAAAAAACGGGGAAAUGGGUAGUGAAGUGGAGAAAGAGUUAAACAAGUUCGAGCGAAAACAAGACACAACCCUGUCUCAGCAUGACCAUGGAUCAAUAACAGAACAAUUUGAACACACUAAACAACAGAAGACCAACGAUGAGACAGUUACCGAUCCUCAAAAUGCUGAAAUCAUAGAAUCUAAAACCAAUUCACAGAUUGAUGAAAAGCAACAAGAAAGUGACAGCUUUCCUGGCACAGAAAUCGAAGUGUCCACACCUAAGAAGGCUACAGAACCACCCGCUCGACCUUCAUCGAAGGAUUCCAAAGCUGAAGAUUCACCGAGGUUGGUAAUCAAUAAACUUAUUCUCACGAACUUCAAAUCAUAUGCUGGAGAGCAAAUAAUCGGGCCCUUCCAUUCGUCAUUUUCAUCAGUAGUAGGUCCCAAUGGGAGCGGUAAAUCAAACGUCAUUGAUGCAAUGCUUUUUGUAUUUGGAUUCAAGGCAAACAAGAUGAGACAAGGGAAGAUAUCGGAAUUGAUACAUAACUCAGGAAAUGAAAGGCCGGACUUUUGCCAAGUCGAUAUAUACUUCCAUAUGGUACUUGACGACCCAAAAUCGCCGCAGCUGUCAGUAGUAGUUCCUAAUUCCGAGUUGAUUAUUUCGCGGAAAGCUUUUCAAAAUAACCAGUCUAUGUACUAUAUUGAUGGUAAAAAAAGCAACUACACUGACGUGACCGCUCUACUUCGGGGUAAAGGUAUCGACUUGGACCAUAAAAGGUUUUUAAUUCUACAAGGUGAAGUUGAAUCUAUUGCGCAAAUGAAAGCGAAGGCUGAGAAAGAGGGCGAUGACGGCUUAUUAGAGUAUUUAGAGGAUAUUAUUGGAACCACAAAGUACAAGCAGUUGAUCGAAGAUAGUUUGGUGCGAAUUGAGGAGUUAAAUACAGUGUGUCAAGAAAAAUCAGACAGGUUUGUAUUAGUUGAAAAGGAUAAAAAUUUAUUAGAUGAAAAGAAAGUUGAGGCGUUAAAGUUCUUGGAACUAGAAAGGAAGCUCAAUAAUUUCAAAAGCUUGAAGUUUCAGUGCAACAUAAGUCAUUUGCAGAGUAAGAUUGAGGAGUACCAGAGCGAGAGGGAUGAGCUACAAAAACAAUUGGAUGAAAAGAAAGACGCAAAUGAAGCAGUUUUGAGACACAUUGAGACGGAAACUGCGAAACAGCUGGAUAUCAAAAAGGAAUUGAAAAAGGCUUUGAUUGAAAUUGAAGGCCAAAACAAGCAAAAAAGAGAUUUGAAUAAACAAAAUGUGUCAUUUGAAGAAAAGUCAAAAAAUUUCGAGAGCAAAUUGAAGAAAAUACAAAAGACUAUAAAUGCGCUGAACCAUGCGUUACAAAACUCGAACCACAGCUUGACAAGCUACUCAAACUCUUCCGAGCAAUAUAAAUCCGAUAUCGAAAGGCUUGAGUUAUCGUUGAAGGAUGAAGAGGGGAAGUUGACCAAAAUUCGAGAAAAAAUGGCAGAAAAAACUUCUGGUUUUACUAAACGUAUUGAAGAGUUACAAAAUCAGCUAGAGCCUUGGACAUCGAAGUUAAAGAGUAACGAAAAUGAGAUCGAGCUUAUUAAGUCCAAUAUUGAUAUUCUCGAAGGUCAAACGAACAACACAAAGAAGCAAUUGGAAGAGCAUAAGGAAAAGUUAAUCGCAAUUAAACAGGAAGGUAAGAAGAAAGAAGAAGAAUGCCGUGAAAAGGAAGAGAAGCUUGAAACAAUUGAGGAGCAAAUAUCGUUGGGUGAGGAGCAAACAAACUUGAUGAAGCUGAAAUUAGACAAGAUGAAAAACCACAUCACCAAAGCUAAAAACAAGUAUCACGAUGCUGCCCAGGCUUUCCAAAGUAAGCAAAACCAGAGCAGUGUUUUGGCAGCACUAACAAAGUUGGGCAAAUCUGGUAGAAUUGAAGGAUUCUACGGCAAAUUGGGGGAUCUUGGAACAAUAGACGACAAAUAUGAUAUCGCGGUUUCAACUGCCGCCCCUGGUUUAGAUUCUAUGGUGGUCGAAACAGUUGAGACAGCACAAGCUUGUAUUGAUUAUUUGCGGAAAAACAAACUUGGAUAUGCCAAUUUUAUUUGUUUAAAUAAGUUGCGGAACUACGAUUUAUCGCCUAUCCUGGUUCCAGGCGACCCAUCCAAGAUAAAACGACUUUUCGAUUUAAUUGAUCCGAUCAAUCCCAAAUUUGCACCAGCGUUUUUCAGUAAAAUGUUCAACACACUUGUGGCACCUGAUUUGAAUGAGGCCAAGAAAGUAGCAUAUGGGGCAAGAAGAUGGAAGUGUGUAACUUUAGAUGGCAAGGUGAUAGAUAUAGCUGGAACUAUGUCUGGAGGUGGUAAUCAGAUCAUGAGAAAUGCCAUGCGCUUAAAGUCAGCAAAUUCGCUGGAGAGUUUGGAUUUAGACGAAGAAAGUUUGGAGCAGACAAGAAUUGACAUAGAAGAAAUGGAAGCAGAGUUCGAGAGAGAGCAGACAAAAUAUAACGAGGCUAUAACUGCUUUAAACAAGGUGAGGGGUUUAGAGCCUGAUACGAGACUCUCUCUCGAUAAACUCAAGUUGGACAUCGCUGGUUUAGCUUCCGAAAUGAAAGACGUAUCUCAAAUUUGUAAGAAUUUGGUAGCUGAGCAAAGACAAAUGGAGGUAAACAAUCCUUUUGGACUACAAAUACAGGAAAAGAAGACCGAAUUAGAAGAGCUUGAAGCUGUCAGAGCGAAAUUGAAAACAGAGAUGGCAGACUAUGAACAUGAAAUAGCCACUUAUGAACAAAAGAUAAUGGAAGCUGGUGGUGUAGAUUUGAAAGUUCAAAAUUCCAAAGUUGAAUCGAUCAAGCAACAAAUUGCAAUCAUCAAUGACAAGACCAGCGGUGAUAGAAUCGCUUUGAAAAAGUUGGAAAGCGACAUCAAACGACAUACUAAAAUCAUAGAAGAUUCAAAGAUUUCUCAGGAGAGGUUGGAAGCUGAUUAUAAAGAUAUCAAAGAAGAACAGCAAGAAAUUCAAGGAAGGGUGAAGGGAGUGGAAGACAAAUUACACGUGCUCGAUCAACAAAAGCAGGAUAUAGAGGAACAGCUUGAGAUGAUCCGCGUCGAAAUAGAAGAAAAACAGGAGGAGCUUUCUGGUUUCAAGCUGUUUGAAGUUGAAAUGUUAAACAAGUUGGAGAAGGCCAAUUACAAUUUGAAAAAAAUGGCACAUUUGAUAGAGCAAAACGAGCUGAGUCUAAGUGCAUUGGUGGUACGAGAUGUAAUGCCGUAUAUUUAUUGGCUUGAUGAGGGUGAGCAAAAGAAAUACAAUUCCUCAGUUAUUGAACGGUUGAACGAAUCUGAAUUAGAAGAUGUUGACUUGGAAGCCGUUAAUUCUGAGAUUGAAGAAUUGGAAAAGUAUAUGUCAACGGUUCAGAUUGAUAUUGAAAUGCUUAAGGAGUACGGAACUAAGAUUGCAGAAUAUACAGAUAGGAAAGAUGAUUUGAAUCGUGCUGUAGAGGAGAGAGAUGAAAAACGAGAUUAUUGUGAGGAUUUAAAGAAGAAGAGAUUGGAUGAGUUUAUGGAUGGAUUUAGUGCUAUUUCAAUGGCCUUGAAAGAUAUGUAUCGAAUGAUUACCAUGGGUGGAAAUGCUGAAUUAGAAUUGGUUGAUAGUUUAGAUCCGUUUUCAGAGGGGAUUUUGUUCAGUGUGAUGCCACCCAAAAAAUCUUGGAGGAAUAUUUCGAAUUUAUCUGGAGGUGAAAAGACUCUUAGUUCAUUAGCUUUGGUUUUUGCCCUUCAUCUGUAUAAACCUACACCAUUGUACGUUAUGGAUGAAAUUGACGCUGCGUUGGAUUUCCGGAAUGUUUCAAUUGUGGCCAAUUAUAUCAAAGAGCGAACGAAAAAUGCCCAAUUUGUGGUUAUCUCAUUGAGGAAUAAUAUGUUUGAAUUAGCACAGAAAUUGAUUGGAAUCUACAAGGUCAAUAAUAUGACUAGAAGUACGCCAAUUUUAAAUAUCGAGUUUAACAGUAUAGAGUGA